UGUUCAGGUCAACUUUCUCCAAAAUGACAGUGGCUGCUUGGCAAAGCAGGAGCUGCAAACACUCGGGAUAUUGAACUCUUGGUUGCAGACAGAUAAGCAGAGCCAUUAGUACAUGAUUUCCUACCUGGUCUUGGAGCAGAUUCUUAUCACUGGGCACUUCAAGGACAAGUUUGCUUUCACAGAGAAGUGGGAAUCAAGUGGCAGAAACAUGGAUAGAUUCCUGGAGGGUCUGACUGAUGAGUACUUGAAGCCUCCUGUCAUAGUCCACAUCUCCAUGCAGGGUUAGGGAGCUCUUUUUUCUGAGAACAUGUCCUUAAAAGAAGCCAUCAAGUUUUUGAAAAAACAGUCAUCAGCAACAACUCCAACACCCUUAGGAUAUAAAAACAGUGAAGAUGGCUACACUUCCUGGAAUGCUACUGAAGUAAAUAGUGAUUUAAUAGUCCUAGAAAUGAGGUUAACUCCUUUCUCAUUAUCCAGAGAGAACAAAAUCCUGAGCCAGAAAAGAAAGGGAAUUCUUAGGAAGUUCUUCAAUAAGUCAAAAGAACAGUCAAGGAAAAUCCAGGUCCCAGGAACUGAAUCUGAAGGCAACUUUUCUGAAGAUGUGCCUAUGGAUGAACCAGGGUCUACCAGGGUCUUCUCCAGGCCACAGAAGCCUACCUCUGAGCCUUCCAAAAAUCAUGUGGCGAUCUCCACUUGUGAGGGUCACCAAGAGAGAGUUCACAAACUAUACAAAUUUGUAUAUUUUCAUAUUUGUAUAUUUUCAUAUUUGUAUAGUUUGAGAGUCCCCAAACUAUACAAAUAUGAGGAAUGUCCCAGACUCACAAAUUUGCUUGUGACUUCUCUGCCCACCACGAAAUGUACAGGAGGGAGAGGCGGAGAGGUCAUUUUUCCUGCCCUGAGUGUCAUAAAGGCUUCUAUUAAGUCUCAGAUCACAUGUUGCAUAUGUGAAAGGUCCUUCAGCCACAAGAUCAAUCUGAAGGCUCAGAAGAGGAUUCACACAGGAGAGAAGCCUUAUACCUGCUCCCUAUAUAAUAGAUUCCACCAAUCAGCCACCUAUCACCAUCACCUGAGGAAUUACCACCAAUCAGAAUGA